CGCACGACUAGACGAGAGCGAAUUCACGUAAAAGGGGUCGUGACGAUGAACGAAGUUGCACCUAACCUUCCCGCCACCACCGCGCACGUCUCACCCACGUGCACGUUGGCCCACCAGUUGUCGAUCGCAGCCAUGGAGCUUGGCUAUCUAUCCUCGGACCUACUUCACCGCCGCCACCUUGGUCAUGUAUGUGAAAGGAGCGCGAUAAUCGCAUCUCCAGCUUUCGUUUCUCCCCAUCGACAAGCGGAUUGAUAUCCCAUCGCAACAAUGUCAGAGCCCGAUCUCCACCGCGCCAUAUCCAUGAAGCCCCACCCAUUCCAUACACAUCCCGACCGCAUAGAACGCACAUCAAGUCCCCACGUCCACGUGAAUGCCAGCAGUAGUGGCAGCAGCGCGCAACACCAUGCAGAUAGCUCAACCCGCAAAAACGAUGCUAGCAGCACCGCUAUCGAAACAGCGGCUCCUACGACCGACCACGACCCCAUAGCCCGCCACGUCUCUGCGCGUCACAGCAGCUUCCACGAAGACAUUGAAUCGCAAUCGCCGCCCUCGUAUACCCCCGACAAUGACCCGUACUCGCUGUCCUCUGCGAUAAAGCCCGAGUCGGAAUUGGCCUUGAUCCGCGCCAACACGUCGCGAAAGCGCGAUGGCUGCGGUCCCAUCACCCUCAACAAGAAGGCUACCUCGGCGAAGAAGUUGGAAGAGUUCUACUCGGCGCAGAACGAGAACAUUGAGAGAUUGCUCAAGCCAGUGGCUGAACAUCGGGCUGCCGCAAAAGAUGAAGAUACAGCCAACCACCUCAAGUACAAAAUCGCUGUCAUUGGUUCCUUUGCCGCAAACAUUAUUCUAGCCGUCCUACAGCUCUACGCCGCCGUAUCUUCUCGCUCGCUGUCGCUGUUUACGACAAUGGCCGAUUCGCUCUUCGAUCCCCUUUCCAACCUCACGCUUAUAAUGUGCAACCGCGCCGUGGCACGUGUUGAUGCUAGGAAGUUCCCUUCAGGAAAAGCAAGAAUUGAGACUGCCGGAAACCUCUGUUUCUGUGCGCUCAUGAUUACGGUUUCUGUGGUCAUCAUUGUCGAAUCUAUCCGUACGGUUGCCGAACACUCCGGACCCGAAACCAACGACUUCUUUCUACCCAGUGUCAUCGCCGUCAGCAUUGCUUUUGCGACCAAGUUCUCGCUGUUCUUGUAUUGUUGGGCCUUGAGGAACAAGUACAGUCAAGUCAGGAUUCUGUGGGAAGACCACCGUAACGACCUGUUCAUCAACGGGUUCGGUGUGUUGACGUCUGUCGGUGGAUCCAAGUUGAAGUGGUGGUUGGAUCCCAUGGGUGCGAUGAUACUAUCCGUCUUGAUCAUCUUCCUGUGGUCGAGAACCGCGUACUCGGAAUUUCAGCUUCUCAUCGGCGUUACAGCUGAUACGGCCAUGUUGCAGCACAUCACCUACAUCUCGAUGACACACUCCCCCACCAUCCUCCAAAUAGACACUGUGCGUGCCUACCACUCCGGUCCCCGCCUCAUUGUCGAAGUAGACAUCGUCAUGGACCCAGAAGCUACAUUGAGAGCUACACAUGACGUAGCUGAGGAACUUCAGAUAAAACUGGAGAGUCUUCCUGAUGUAGAGAGGGCGUAUGUUCAUGUGGACUAUGAGACGGACCAUCGACCUGAGCACUUUUUGAAGAAGGAGUUGUGAGGGUAUGGGUGAGGAAAUGGGGAGGUAGUGCGUGGAAGAACAGCGGGAAGAGUGAAUUGAAGUGUGUAAGGGCAUAAGAGAAUGGUCUCAACUUGUAUAUAGUUGUUAUCAGUUCUUCGAUAUGAAGAAGAUGUGGGAAUUUUCCUACGCUUCUACCGACUAUCGCUAUUAGGAUAUAUGCUACUACUCGUAAAGUCG